AUGACAAGCUGCGAGUUAUUCUUGAUAUCAUUUAAAAUCUUCCUACUGGCUUACAACACAAAUCUAAACGCAGUUUAUACUUCACAUUCUGGAUUUUACGGCAAAGUCCACUGGAAAGGUACCGGGAGGUACGGCACACUUAACUGCGGUUUGCAUUUGAUACAAAACCCAUCAUUUAUAACACCAAACACACGCUAUGGUGGGUUUAGCACUGACACAAACUAUGUAAGGGAUCAUAAUGGUCUGAGUGGACCAACAAUAAGAGAUGGAAUUGCUGUGCGUUGGAACAACUCAAGAAUUGGCGGAAUUAGACUCCACGCUUCCAUUUAUGACAGACUAAUUUACGCGAGGAGGAAGAGAAGAGUGGCAUAUAGGCCAAAAAAUGUUGAUUCUAACUCUGAAAAGAAGUCUGAAGGGAAUGAUUCCAUGUCACUACGUAGGAAGAGAUUGGAUGAUGGAAUUUUGAGCGCAAGGGAUCCUAAAAAGACUACAAAAGAACUAACAAAGUAUCAAAAACUCUUGUCAGAUAUAAAAUCUUGGGGAGAAUCAGAUGAUAAGGAUAAAAGGGACAUCAGCGAAUUCAUACUGGACAACCUAAAGGGGUAUCCAUUGGAUCAACCAGUGGACGAAAUAACACCCCAAGAUAUUUUAGAGAUGUUAGAAGAACAAUUUGCAAAUGAAGAUGAACGAGAAAGUGACUGGAAAAGGCACAUUGAUACUGUAGAAGAGGAGGUUGUUCAAGAGUUUGAAUCUUCAGAUUUGCGUCCAGUAUAUACUGAUGUUUCAAAGACAAAUUUAGAAACAUUAGCUAGUGAUGACAAAUGCGGCUUUAGAUUUCCCAUUACAGGAACUCCUGACGAAAUAUAUUCCGAUGAGAAUAUUUACAAAUCUUGGGGUCGUACUCUGUUAUAUCCUGUACAGUAUACUAACAUCACUAGGAUUCCAUACGGUUCCUAUAAUGAUACACAUUUAGAUUUAGAGGAUCUCAUGGUUUCGACCAGUCCGUUGGUUGAUAAAAAUGAGAUUAAAACAAAGUUAGAAGAUAUUCAUCAUCAGCUGUUUAAUAAUACAUUGAAUAAGGUUAUAGAUGAAACAAAGUUCGACACCAAUAACGUUAAGGAUGAUCCAAGUAACUAUAGAUAUAGAUAUGCUAACGUAGGCAACAGUUACAAGAUAUUAAAGAAUGAUUUGCUAGCAGCUAAAGCUGAGAGACAGAAUGAAAUUUUGAGGAUACUUAAUCCAUAUAAUCCAUGGGAUGAAUACAUAAGGAUUAAAAAGACAAAGGAAUCAUCCCUUGAUGAAUCGGUUGGUGUUAACUACAAGGUUAAAUUAUCUGAUAAUAUAUCUGUUGGUAUCGAUUCUAAAGGUUCAGAUUAUAAAGUACCCAGCAAUUUUAUAAGUGAUUAUCUUCACUAUUUCCUUAUUCUAGAAAAAGACAAAGAGAUGAUAAAGGAAUUCAAGGAUGGUAAUUUUAUACAUGACAUUUUAAGAUAUUUUGAUACCUUUGUGGUUUAUAAAGAACCAAAAAAGGAAGAAUUUAAGGAUGCGCAGGACAGGUUUUUUAAAUUUUUGUUUCCAUCGUUGGAUGGGUUUCCAAAGCCUCCAGAAGAGGGAAAAUUUCCGAUCACUCUUACUCCAAAUAAGGAAAUUAAAGACUACCGUGUGAACAUACUUGGUGCCCUGGUUGCUCUGGAAAGAUGUCAUAGCAUAAUAGCAGUAUAUGAAUCAGAUAUUUUUUCGGAACAGAGGUUUGGAGCAAUUCUAAAAAUCAUACACACUGCCCUUGAACUUGAGCUGAAGAGAAUAGAUUACGGUAUAGUUGAGAUGGAACUCCUUGAUGUAGAUGAUGACUGCACAGAUUUUUGUAAGGUGGAUGGUUCGUUUUUAGCUGCAUUAUCAGCAACUCUGGGCGUAUGGAAUAUUAAAAAGGGUAUUGAAGGUAUAAUAGAGCUAAUUAUGUUACUUACUCUUAAAAAUAUGCAUAAUAUCUCUAGUGAUGAUUUGGUAGUUAUUUUAUUUAACAUUUCCAAUUUAAACACACUCCCACGAUCUAUUUUCAUAAAGUUUUUGUCUAAAGCUGCGGAUUUUAUUCAUGACAAGCUUAGGGAAGACAUAUUAACGAGUGAUUUGGAUGAGAAAGAUACUGAGUUUUGGAUGAAUUACGAAACAGCAUCAAAUAUGUUGAAUUUGUUUGUCAGGUACAAGGGUAUAUUUUCUCCAGAAUUUGUAUCAAAUUAUAUUCACUUGUACAAACGCCAGAUUUUGGAAAGUUUUAAACGUGAGCACGUAGAUAAGGAUCGCAAAGCACAUGAUAUGUGUUCAUUACUCAUAGCCAUAGAAACUUGUAGUUUAUCUGAUCAAUUUGAAUCACUCAUAAAUGCUUUAAGUAUGGAUUUUUAUUUUCAACACCUUGAUUUUACAUCAACAAGCGCAACAACAAUAUUGAAUUCGUUUAGUGACAGAGAUGAACUCCAAAGAUUAGUAAUUCAGAGAGCAAAAAGACGUCUAAUGGAAUUAAAAUAUAAAAUGAGCCCAUCUCAGAUACUGGACGUUUUGGAUAUAUAUUUUGACGCUAUCAAUACGUCUAGAAUCCAACCUGAUCCGAUUUUCAUUGCUGGAAUAUUAAAAGAUUUUACAUUCUUAAAGCGCCCAAAAACGCAAGAACUUGUACGUGCCGCUUCAACUGUGGAAAAAUUCUCCCCUUACUUAACUAAAAAGCAUCUAGAGGUUAUAUUUGAUGAUUUUACGACCGAGCCAUUUGUACAGGAUGUUUCGGAAGAUUUGGGUCUUUAUGGAGAGUAUUUGAAAUAUCCCUUAGCUAGCCUCGCCAAGGUGCUAGAAUCAGCUGCUAAAUCUAAAAUAAUUGUUAUGAGAGCCUGGAAAGACUUGUAUACACUAAUAAUCAGGUUCAAACAUGUAAUAACCGUUGAUGAUGCAUUAGUUAUAAUGGAAUCUUUGAAUGUAGCAAAUUUUUGUAAUGUAGAUGAAAUAUGUGAUGUUCUGAUUGACAGAAUAUGCAAUAUUGUAGAGGUUAAAGAGAAUGUGGAUUAUGCAAAAGUAUUCAGAGCUAUGGAGGAGUCAAUUAAAUUGCAUUUCCAGCCUGUAAGAUUGCUCCGUUGGCUCAUUUAUGCCAGUAUAUAUGAUAUUGACAAGAUGGAUAAGGAUGCAGUAGUGGAUGAAUUAUUUGGUAAAAAAAUGGAGUACGAUGUAGACUUCAGAGGGUGGAAGCGACCUGUUACUACCGAUGAGCACGUGGAGAAUAUAUCUGUGCACCGAAAUUUGCUAGUACCUGUGGAGAUGAGAGGAUCAAGAGUUAAAUCCAGUGAUGCUCUAAAAUACUCGCUGCCGCAAUAUCCAUAUGAACUUAAACCACCACCUGAGAAGGUCCUGAAUACACACGGAAUAUCAAGCGAACGAAGGGAUUCACUCAUAAGAAUGAUCGGUUUGAUAGUUGAUUCUGGUUGUAUAUUUGAGGAGAAGGACGCUGCUUUAAUUAAGAAGUUUUUAGAAAUGAAUAAUAUUCCAAAGACCGAUGAAAUUUGGAACAAGGUUUUAAUUCCCAAGUAA